UUUACUAUAUUUUUUACCAUAAAAAAGCUUUCGAGUUUGCAGGGCAAGCUUUCCAAACCCUUGGUUUUUCUCCUCAUAUAUUAGCAUUCAGCUUGUCGAACUGUUCACUUCACUUUCGGCUGGAUUUUCCAAAGUUGUGCGUGAUGUUGGGCGCACCUAUGAUUUUCAGCAUGGGCAUGAGCAAAGACUCAUGAGGCAUUUCCACUCCAAAAGUGAUAACUUCGUGAAACUUCAAACAUUUUGUAAAGAAGAAAUCAAGAAAAAGAAUCAGUACAAACAAGAACUAUAUCGCAUCAGAACUGAAUACAAACGAAAAUGCGAAGAAGCAGCGGAAUUAAGAGCUAGACUCGGUAAAAUGCAAAAUUGUACAUUGAAUUUGAAUGACAUGACUCAUGAUCCAUUCCGCACUCCAAUCUCGGGAAGGCCGCCUGAUCAGCGCAGCUUUCUAACUUCCACUCCAUAUGGAAAUCACAAAAGAGGUGACAUCAGCGAAUCCACUAUCUCUGCUAUGCGUCAAACUUCCGACUCCACUUCUUCCUUUGCUGCAUUUGGGAUACCUGUUGUUUCUAUGGACUCUGAUGGGGAGCACACUGAUGUGGAACCAUGUAAUGUUGGGCAUAAGGCUCAACCAAUCUUUCCGUCCAACGGUACAGGUUUUCGCGACAAUAAGGUAUCAUUUGUUUUCUUCAUCAUUGCCGAGUGCGUCCUGAUCGCAACAAUAUGA